AACUAGAAUUUUCCUCUGGGACAGAAGCAACAAAGCUCGAGGGGAAAAAAUGACCAUGUUCAGCACUGAUUUGUUUCAUCCUGUCUACGGCAAGGCCGGAGUGUAGGGAAGUCAUCUCUUCUCUGAGCCAAAGGUCCAGGAUGGAACAUUCCUGCUCGCUCCUGCUGCUCUGUGUUAGUUUUCUGUUUGCGCAAGCUUUACCACCCAAUGGAACUGAAUUGCCAAAACCAACAACAACAACAAACUCAACAGAGGAGAACAAUUUGCACAAAGACCUACUGACUUCGAUGCUGAUUCUGCUCCUGGUCUUCAUCAUUUUCAUUCUGUUGGCCGGCUAUUUCUUCAGGUUCAGAAGACAUAGGAAAGCUGUGGUGAACUCCGGGGACAAAAAGAUGCCAAAUGGGAUCUUAGAAGAACAAGAACAGCAACGGGUCAUGCUGCUCAGCAGGUCUCCCUCGGGCCCAAAGAAGUAUUUCCCUAUUCCAGUGGAAAACCUUGAAGAGGAAAUACGGAUGCGAUCAGCAGAUGAAGGGAAACUCUUCCGGGAGGAGUUCAAUUCAUUAACACCUGGAUAUGUGCAGGGAACAUUUGAAAUGGCAAAUAAGGAAGAAAACAGGGAGAAAAACAGAUAUCCUAACAUCCUGCCAUAUGAUCAUUCCAGAGUGAUUUUGACCCAAAUUGAUGGAGUCCUGCCUUCAGACUACAUUAAUGCAUCAUAUAUAGAUGGUUAUAAAGAAAAGAAUAAAUUUAUAGCAGCACAAGGACCGAAGCAAGAAACAGUUAAUGAUUUCUGGAGGAUGAUAUGGGAGCAGAAGUCAGCCGUCAUCGUCAUGUUAACCAACCUGAAAGAAAGAAAAGAGGAAAAAUGUUAUCAGUAUUGGCCUGACCAAGGGUGCUGGACUUACGGAAAUAUCCGCGUGUCAGUGGAAGAUUGCAUAGUUCUGGUGGACUACACCAUCCGCAAGUUCUGCGUUCAGUCGCUCCAUGACGGUUGUAAAGCUCCGAGGCUCGUUACGCAGCUUCACUUUACCAGCUGGCCUGAUUUCGGGGUGCCUUUCACACCUAUUGGGAUGCUGAAAUUCCUGAAAAAAGUGAAAACGUUGAAUUCUGCCCAUGCUGGACCAAUUGUGGUUCACUGUAGCGCUGGCGUGGGUCGCACCGGCACGUUUAUCGUUAUCGAUGCCAUGAUCGACAUGAUGCACGCGGAACAGAAAGUUGACGUUUUUGAGUUUGUUUCAAGAAUCCGUAAUCAGCGUCCGCAGAUGGUUCAGACCGACAUGCAAUACUCCUUCAUUUAUCAAGCCUUACUCGAAUACUACCUCUACGGUGACACGGAGCUAGAUGUGUCAUCCUUAGAAAAACAUCUCCAAACUUCACACAACGCGGCGCCAAACCUUGUCAAAAUAGGGCUAGAAGAAGAAUUUAAAAAGUUAACAAACGUUCGAAUAAUGAAAGAAAACAUGAGAACUGGCAAUCUUCCAGCAAACAUGAAGAAAGCUAGAGUCAUCCAGAUUAUCCCAUAUGAUUUCAAUAGAGUGAUUCUGUCGAUGAAAAGAGGGCAAGAGUAUACAGACUACAUCAAUGCUUCCUUCAUAGAUGGCUAUCGCCAGAAGGAUUACUUCAUUGCCACCCAGGGACCGCUUCCGCACACGGUGGAGGAUUUCUGGCGGAUGGUGUGGGAGUGGAAGUGCCACACCAUCGUUAUGCUCACAGAAGUUCAGGAGAGGGAGCAGGAAAAAUGCUGCCAGUACUGGCCAUCAGAGGGCUCUGUGACUCACGGAGAGAUAACCGUAGAAAUCAAAAAUGACAGCCUGCUAGAUGCCAUAAGUGUAAGGGACUUCGUAGUUUCAUACAAUCAGGGUAACCAGGAGAAGCAAAGCAGGCUCGUUCGGCAGUUCCAUUUCCAUGGGUGGCCAGAAAUCGGGAUUCCUGCAGAAGGCAAAGGGAUGAUCGACCUGAUUGCAGCCGUCCAAAAGCAGCAGCAGCAGACGGGCAAUCACCCCAUCACCGUGCACUGCAGUGCUGGCGCUGGAAGAACAGGGACCUUCAUAGCACUCAGCAAUAUUCUGGAACGAGUGAAGGCUGAAGGGCUCUUAGAUGUAUUUCAAGCUGUGAAGAGCUUAAGACUGCAAAGGCCACAUAUGGUGCAAACACUGGAACAGUAUGAAUUCUGCUACAGAGUGGUACAAGAUUUCAUCGACAUAUUUUCUGAUUAUGCUAAUUUCAAAUGAGAAUUCCUGCCUUAUUUUUUAAUUUCUCUGUAUAAAUAGUUGUAUAUGCUGUUAAUUUAUUCCGUGUCAUUUUGAUUGUUGACUUUACUGUAAAUAUGACCUUGUGUUUGCUCUCAAAGUUGCAUUUGCUGUAUAAAGUUAUUUCUUAAAUAUAAAUAUCUUCUAAAGCGAAGUAUAAUGUUCAUAUACAGUAUAUCACUAUGAGAUGGUAUAGAAGUCUUUAUUCUAAAUAACAGUAAAUUAAUUCUUGAGGGUCUAUUUCUUUGAAUUUUUCCACUUAUAAAUAUUUAUCAAGAAUGCUAUCUCCCAAUUCUUGAAACUUUACACAGAUGAUUUAGAUUUCAUAUUAAAAAAAGUGAAUUGUGGUACAUAUGUUCAAACUAAACAUCUUUGGGCCGUAAGCCUUUCUUCACUACGAAAAUAGAUGUUUAUUUGGGGACACAUUCUGAUAACCUGCUUGUGCUUACCUGUAAUUUAUUUCACAAAUAGUCUCGCUGAAGGCAGAGACUGUUCGAGUGAAGUGCAGUUAAUGAUAAAGGUAUCAGACUAUGGCCCUUCAUGUGUAAUAAUGUACAGUCCAACUGAAAAAUAUAACUGCUUUUAAAGGCUGUUUUUAAGAACCUCCAGGUUGACGGCAGUUCUAUUUUGAGUCCCACUGUCAGUGAGAUAUAAUCAGUAUAAAUACAGAUGUGAAUGGUUGAUUUAAUAGAGCUUUCAAAGUCCUUUUAUUUUGUUCUUUCCUAAAUACUACACCAGCUUAAAUCAAUUUAGAAAGACGAUAAUGUGAGUUUACCACUAUUUUGAGAAUAUUUUGCAUAGCAGAAGAGUAUAUUUUGCGGCACCUGAACUUGUCUACGUGAAGAGGCUUUAUAGCCAUUGUCAGAAAUGGAUGUAAAGCUUCUCUAUGUACACAUGAAUAAUUUCCCACUUAUUUGAGAAAAGGCAAAAGAAACAAAGAUGAACUCUUAUUCUUUGAUUCGACUCAACAGAAUAAUUAGCAGUAUUUGCUAAAAUUUUGAAUAAAACGUUUUACUAAGCGUAAAGCUAGCAACAUGAAGUGUUGUAGCAAAAAGCUCCUCUACGUUCCUACCCUCCCAUAGAUAUUAUCAAAAAAGGAAUGAUUCCUUUAUCAAAAAGGGGUAUAUGAAUUCUGUAUAUAGAUAUAUUUUUAAUGAAAAUACUACUGAUAAUAUAAUUGGUGAAAAAAAGUUGAAAAGUCUUUAUUGUAGCCCUGACCAGGAUAUGCUUGGGGGUUAGAAAAUUCAAAAGUCACAGGGCGUCCGAAUGUUGAAUAAUUCAAAAGCCUAUCUUUUCCACUCUUUAAAAUGCAUAUAUGAAUUAAAGAGCACAAAGUAUGCGAAUAUGUACUUUAAUUACAUAACGAAUAUGCAAUAGUUGUCUUGUCCAGUUGGUUGGGUUUUUUCAAUGCAAACAUAAAAGCCUUAUUUAAAAUGAGCAACUUACACUGAUGGUUUUGCUAUUGUUCUUGCACUAUUUUUAUCCCAGGACCAUUUUUCAUUUCCGGUAACAAGUAGCACGAUACUCUGUAACAAUGCAAGGAAGCGGGAGGGUGGUGGUGCCUCGCCUUUCAUUCCAUACCCAGUGGGAAAGGCGCAGUUUCGAAAUUUCGAAGCACGCUGUUCUGAACGCUGCCAUUUACUGCUUCUUGUCUUCCCGUCGUUGCACUUCUGUAUUUAUUUGUACAGUAAAUUAUGCACUUAAAAUUGUUUAAAGCGACUCACGACAAAUAUUUAGUCUCUGAGAAGAUACACUCAAGCCACAGAAGGUGUUGAGUAACAGAGCCGGAUGCGAAGUAAGUUUACAUUACUGCUGCGUGCUAAAGUUUCAUCCCAUUUUCACGAGCCAUCAAAUAAAUUCGCUAUGGAAACCAGUGCCGUGAGGUUUUCAGUAUGAUCGUUCGUAGCACAGGGAGACUCAGAGAGGUUAAAUGAUGCUAGAAAACAACACCAAGAAAUUCCCACCGCUUUCCGAAGCGGCAUGUUUUAUGUUCCCGUUAGGUCCCGACGUCGGGAUCGUCCUAAACUUUUCCCUUACGUUUGAAAAAAAAAAAAAAAAAAAAAAAAAAAAAAAAAAAAAGUUUGUCUGUUGGCCAGCCUUUUGGCUCCCAAGAAUAAAAGCUCGGAUUAAAGGUUGCCUCGCGAAGCCGGGGCUCGGGCGGCGAGGAGGAGCAGGGUGGAGCUGGGCUGAAAUUCAGAUGCGAAGGGGGCGCUCGGCUUCUGGCUAGAUUAAGAUAGAGGGGAGGAAACAGAAAUCCUUACAAUUCAGAAGUCGCAAAUAGAGCUACGUCAUGACUUUUUUUAUAACCGGGAAAGCUUGCUUUCCGGCUCUCGUGUUUAGCCAGUAGUAACCGGGGAGCUGUACCUUGAUCUAGAUAUCUACGAAUUAUCUUUUAAAUUUUCCUGUGUUGCAUGGAGUUACUUUAAAAUACCAAAUAGUCGAUUAGAAGUUGUACAUUCUGAUCUGUAUGUGGUUUUGGUCACUGUGUGACUUGACUGUCCCUUUUCACAUGUUAAGAUAGGUUCCAGUUCACCUAAGCAUUUAAGCAUUCGCUUUACAUCUCGAUCCCACGAAACAUUGAAGUACCAUAGGUUCUUUGUUCCUGAAGCAAUCCCUUAAGUGCUUUGCUGAAUUGGGCCUUAACGAAGAAUGCAUACUGUAAUUACCAGUGUUUUUUAGGGUAUUUUUACGUAUCGGUUUUUUAAACUUUUAAAAUGAGCCUGACCACCUGUGUUCAGUAUUUUGAAAUGUUUUCAUUUCCCGAGUACCAUUUUUAAUGUAAAGUUGUUGAAACUUUUCUGUAUAACCAAAUUGUAUUUAAUUUGUCAAAUCUUUAUAAUAUAUGUAUGUAUUAUACAGUUUCAGCUAUUAUUAUUUUCUUUUAUUACGUUUAUAAUUUCAUCUUGCUGUGUUUUUAAUGCCGGUGAAUGUUGCUGAAUUAUUUGUAUAUGCAAAUUGCAAGAUCUAAUACAUUCUGAUGCAAGAACAGA